GAGAACAUUGAAUAAACAUAUAUAUAUAUAUAUAUAUAUAUAUAUAUGUGUGUGUGUGUCAGAGUGGUCCAGACUAGAGCCGUCUGUCGCAACACUUUGAUAUUCUCUGAUGCUCCUUAUUGAACCUGUUUGAAUUUGGGACAUUUUGCUCAGAAUGGAUCUGGAGAUGUUUAAAGCUGGUGGAGACGAAGACCUGCAGAGAAAGGUGGUUCUGUGGAGUCUCAGUCAAGGAGGCUGAAUCCAACUCACUGUUAAAAUCCCCCAAACUGGAUUAGUUCUUCGGUUGUAAUGAAAUGAAAUAUAUUCCAGAUUUGUGAUGCGCUGUAAUCUAAGACGUUUGGACUGACAUGUCAGCUCUUUGUCUCUGGUGUUUUGCAUAAGUGGGAACUUCCUGUUGGACACGUUUUUCCAGGUGUGUCCCGGAGCGGAGACCUCGGGGUUCAGGUCCUCCAGGUGUCAUCUCUGACCACGGAUCCGUGGACGUCCAGGUGAGCGUGGUUUCGGUUACUCUCUGAGACUCGGUGCGUGUUUGCUCUGUAAUCUCCGGCUCAGCCUGUCUGAUGGGUGUGGGCUGGACGGAGCUCACCUGUGCAGGUAUGAAAAGGAAUCCUGCUCAGUCUUGAGAGACGUGGACUCAAUAAAAACCAGGCGAACAGAUCCCAGCACCUCAACGAGGGAAGCCCAGGACCCAGGGAAGGUGGUCCAGAAUGUUCUAUAACUGAAGGGGGGAUUCUUCUGCUGCGGUUCGACAGAUGGGCCUGAGGUUCUAAUGUGGCGUUUCGGGCUCUGGGAUGUUCAAGACGUUGCUGUGCUUCUCAGCAUCUGGCUCUAUGUGUGUCAUUUAGCUGGAGCGAUCUCUGUCAACUCUUCCCAGAGGAACCUGGUCAGGUCGGUGCAGGAGGAUGUCUUCUUCUCAGUGGACGUGACGUGCUCUGGAGUCCCCACCAUACGAUGGACCUUUAUGUCAGGAGCGGUGAGCCGCUCUAUAGGGACAUGGCAGCCGGGGGUGUUCACCAACAUCACUGUGGAUUACAGCACCAGAGUGAACUCCUGCGAUAACGGCUCCAUGGGCCUGUCGGACUUGCGGCUGCAGGACAGCGGAUACUAUGUGGUCACUGUUGAAGACCCAGCAGGGAACAGCCGGGAUGUUGGCUUUGUCCUGAAGGUGAAUGAGGUUCUAUAUGAGGAUCUUCAGUACCUGUCGGUCACCGCCUUAGCUCUGAUGUGUGUGGCCGGCCUGCUCAUGCUGACCUCGUGGCUGCUGCACAGAGCCUGCAGGAGGAUCAAGGUGUGGGGACGCAGGCAGCAGAUGCCAGAAAAUAAUGCAACAGAGCUGCAGCCUCUGUGAUGAAGUGCUGAAACCCUGCUGAGACUGUCCAAACUCUCCGUCCUGCAACAACCGCCUGGGUGUGCAAACAUUACAAGUCACUGGAAGCUACGAGAAAAACAUGCAAUGUUUCUAUUUUGAACUGAAUGUGUUCACUGCAGAUGGCUCUGGAACAAUGUAAAUGUAUCCCUUAUUUAUUGCUGUAUUAAACCAACUGUGUGACGAUA